AUGACAGACAAAAUCUCAUCUGAAACCAAUUUACCGCAAGGCGAUUCGUCCAAACCUGCGCGAAAGAAGUAUCCAAGAACUACAGAGCGAAGCAAAGUUACCCAGGCAUGCGAUCAAUGUAGAAAAGGAAAAGCUAGGUGCUCUGGAAACUAUCCAUGUACCAAUUGCGUUUAUGAUAAGAAGGAUUGUACCUUUAACAACGACUACCCAAAUCCAAAUUACAAACCUGAUCCUCAACACAAAGUCUUCGUUGGUGGAUCCAAAUUAGCCAACUAUAAUUCUCAAAUGGAAAGAGAAAACGCGCAAAUGCCAACGGUAAUGGGUUCAUUCAGCGAGAAUCUUAAUUUCAAUCAAAUGAUGUCACAACCUCAACAGUUGGCGGGUAGUAGUUCAACUGCUAAUCGGGCCCAAGGAGCCCAACAGAUCUUUGAUCCAAACGCGCCUGUUUCUGUUCUUGCAUAUGGUGAUCUACCAAUGCCUAUCAGUCAAGCUGGAUUGAUUACUCUACCAAGUCCUGAUGAUGGUGCUAAACUUGUUCAGAUUUAUUUUGACAAGUUCUCCCCAAGCAUAUUAUUUCUACACAGACCUAGUGUUGAACGCUGGACAGAUGAGUUAUUAGAGGCUGGUGGCAAUCUCUUGCAAACAUAUUAUCUUAAGAGCAGGAAUGCUAUCGUUUUCAUGAUCUUUGCGUCUGCUCAAACUUACAGUGCGAAAUCGGAAUGGGUAGACACCAGCAUGCUCAAUUAUCAAUUAGCCGAUGAACAAUUACAAUCAGAAACUGGUCCACCACGAUUAACUAGCCUUCAAGCUCGACUUCUCCAAUGUUACUAUCUUAUUGCUAGAGGUCGAAUCAACCAGUGCUGGAGCACUUUUUCCAACGUCGUCAGUUUGAUCUUCACACUUGAAUUAAACAGACAUUAUAGUAAAAGAGGUAUUAUUGAUUUGGUUGAGGUGGAAUGUCAAAAGCGAGUUUUCUGGGCAGCUUUCUUUUUGGACAAAUUCUUGAGUUAUGCUUUGCAUAGACCACAACGUCUCAAGAUUGAUGACAUUGAUCAGUUGACAUUGAUUUAUCAACUUAACAAUCAUGGCAGACAUCAGAACGUCGACUAUCCUUUGAGUUACCAAAAAACCAUCAAUGACAGCCAAUUUAACUCUAACAAUCUCAUACCUGCUUCUCCAGAUGAUCUCUCCUCAAACCUUGCAUCUAACCUCCAAUUCGAACUUUCCAUUAUUGCAAGCAAUAUUCUUGACCAAUUCUACGGAUUCCACAAAUACGAACCCGAAGAACGUUUCCACCUCGUUCAAGAAUACCUCACCAGCACCUUUCCCGCCUGGAAGAACAAAGCAGCCCCAUUGAUUCAACUUUUACCCGAAAACUUAAACGAAAAACAGAAUCGUCAACGAUCAGAAUUGUGGUUAUCUUAUCACCAUACCAAGAUUCUUCUCCUUCGCAUUUACCUUCUCGCUCCCAAGUGCGAUGCGGCGAGAGAUGAAAUGAUCGGCAAGCUUACAAAUGCGUGUAAAUACAUUUGCGAGAUCGUGCAGCCACGUCCCAGGGGAUUUCUCAAAGAAAAUGAGGAAAAGCUUCGGAAACAUGAGUUUCCGCUAUAUGCGGAUUUUGCCAAAUCGGUCGCUUUUAGAAGUGCUUGGUUUCCUCAAUACAUCAUCUUCGCCGCGACAACCGUAACAUGUAUCACAGGUGCCAAGAACUCAACAGAAGCAUGCAAGCCCGACAAUCCAAUCAUGCGCAAGAUCGAAAUCCUCUACGAACCUCUUAAGAAGAUCACAUUUCCGGGUUCAUUCAUGGGACUAUGUGUUUCCGUUUUGGAUGAGUUGAAAACUGCGAUUGAUGAGAACAUGAUGCGCCGAUACGGUAAGUUAGAUGAUAUGGACUUUGAUGAUGAGGAAUUGGCCGAGGAACACACGAAUCUGGCGCGUUGUCUUGAUAUAAUUAGGGAGAAUUUGGAGGUUGGUGAGGAUGGAGAUAUUGAUAUGGGUGCGAGUAGAGAAGAAUCUCAUGUUAUGAUUCGGUUUCGUUGUUGGGGUUUUGCGGGACUUGCUAAUCGGACGUUGGAACGUGGAUUUCAGGGUAGGUUGAGCUGA